GCGUGUGGUACAGCUGAUGCACGCAGCCGCCGCUGCCUCCAUCACCCGAUCGCUACCACGGGAGAUAACAGCAGCAUCCGCCGCGACCCUCACAGCGCCGCCGUAGCUGCCGCGCAGACCCAGCAAGCGAGGCGGACAAAGAGGAGUCGGGAGGGACGCCGCAAAGCACAGCUCGGGGCCGUUUGGAGUCACACGCCGCCGACGGCGGCGCCGCAAACAUGUGUUUGCCCAUCAGCUGGCGCCCCCCUUGUGCCUGCGAUGGCCGCCGUGGGUUGCGGGGAGCCGAGUAAGUGAGGCGCCCCCCUCAGGAUGGGCAGCGUGGGCAGCGGAGUGGCAGGCGAGCAGGAGUUCGCCAUGAAGAGCGUCGGCACUCGCACCACGCUGCCACGGGCCCCGCCCCCCACGCGCCGUGGCCCCAGCGGCCGGAGCUGCAGCACGGAGAGGCCCCCCCCACCCCCCUCUGAGAGCACCGUCUCCAGCGACGAGCGCGGCGGGAGCACCGACCGACCCCCGCUUGCCGGCUCCGACAGUGCCGUCUCCGAGAGCGACCGCGCCAACUCCAACUGCGAGCGGCAGGUGGCCAACGCCAUGUUCCUCAACGGGGCAGGUCGGAGGGAGGGGCCCUGGGCAGGCGCCAGCCUGGACGCCUGUGGGAACAAUGCCCCCGCCCAUGGGCCCACACAGUACAGGGGCAACAGUGGGAGCAAACCGGACAACCCCAACCCCCCCAAAAUACUGCCUGUGUCUGGGAAACUGGAGCAGCAGAACAACAGCGGCCUGGUGCGUCCCUCCGCCUUCAAACCCGUGGUGCCCAAGAGCUUCCACUCCAUGCAGAACCUCGUAGGGCAGGCUGGAGGUGGCGCCGUGGGGGGGCGGGGCGUGGGGGCCGGUGGGGGACCCAGUGCUGCAGGGAGCCAGCAGAGCAGCGACAGCCCCAGUGGAGGCCGGAGUGGCCAGGGGGCACUGUCGGACUCGGGGAGGAACUCUCUGACCAGCCUACCCACGUACACGGGCUCGGGCUCGGCGUGCGGCCCCUCGCAGGCGCUGGGGCCCCUCAGCGCCUCCACCAGCCACAUCAACCGGCUGGGCACGGCCGGCGCCAAUCUGGACCGCCUGGAGAAGCCGGGCUACCAGAACGGGCUCAGUGCCUCCGACAGCGGACGCUCCUCCUCAGGCAAGAGCUCUUCCUCCUACCAGAGGCUCAGCCACCUGAGCGACGCCCCCCAGGCUCUACGACCCUCCCCCUCCUCCGAUGACAUCAUCCAGGACUUGGAAGAUAGACUCUGGGAGAAGGAACAGGAGGUGUUGCACAUGCGCCGGAACCUGGACCAGAGUGAGGCGGCCAUCGUGCAGGUGUUCGAGGAGAAGCAGCGUGUGUGGGAGCGUGAGAUGGAGGAGCUGCGGCAGAACUACGCCGGCCGGCUGCAGCAGGUGACGCGCCGCGCCCAGCGAACGCAGCAGGCCCUGCAGGCGCAGAUCACACGGCUGCAGCAGGACAAGCGCCGGCUGCAGGACGACCUCACUGCCCUGCUGUCUCACCGCGAGGAGCUGGAGAGGAAGUGCCUGGACUACAGGAAGGAGCAGGCCGACAUCCUGCCUCGCCUGGAAGAAACCAAGUGGGAGGUGUGCCAGAAGUCUGGGGAGAUCUCGCUGCUGAAGCAGCAGCUCCGGGAAAGCCAGGGCGAGGUGACCCAGCGCGCGGGAGAGAUGGUGGCCCUACGGGGCCAGCUGAAGGAGCUCAACGCGCAGCUGAAGGAGAAGGAGGAGAUUGUGAUGAGCCUGAAGGACUCCUACUGCAGCAAAAGCCUGGAGCUGGAGCGGUGUGAGGGCGAGCUGCAGAAGACGCUGGCGGAGGUCGCCAUGCUGAGGGAAAAACUGGGUGUGUUUGAGGCUGAGGUGCUUGGGCUGAAGCAGGCCCUGGGGGAGCUGAGCGAGGGCCGGGGCGGGGGAGCCACGUGGGGGGCAUCGCCCUUACCUCAUGGGCCCCCAGAGCCGGCGCCGGCGCCCGCCCCCCCACCUGAGACGCUGCUGAGCCUGCAGAGCGAUGAGGCCAAGGUGCAGCGACAGGAGGCGGACGACCUGCGACGACAGCUGGAGCGCCUGCAGGGGGAGCUGCGGUUAGAGCGCCAGCAGCGCGAGCGCCAGGCCCUCACUUUCGCCCAGGAGCGCCACACCUGGCAGGGUGAGAAGGAGCGCGUGCUGCAGUACCAGGCCCAGCUGCAGCUCAGCUACGUGGAGAUGCUGCAAAAGAACCAAGCCUUGGAGCAGCGUGUCGGCCAGCUCUCGUCCAAGCUGUCGCCGGCCCCGUCACCGGCCACGCCCCCCUCGCAAGCCCUGCCCGUGGCCACGCCCCCUAGCGAGGAGCUGAAACCGCCACCACUGCACCAGCUGGCACCACCCUGGUCGGGACCCACCCGUUUGGAAAGGAUCGAAUCCACUGAGAUUUAACACAGAUUAGGAGACCUAAUACAUCAUCACAAAGAGACCAUGAUGCCCAGUACAGCACCAGAAAAACACCGCUAUCAACAUUGUCCAACAAAGUACAGUCCAGCUUCUUCUCCAUCCCCCACCCCCGGUCUUCCCAGGAGCUCUCAGUAACACUUUAGACAUCAGAGGCUGGAGAAAGGCACUGGGGGAGGAGGGCGUUUCCUAUUGGACGUCACUAGACGGAGAUAUGCACAGCGGUGGUCUAGGCAGAGAUGAUCCACACACCAGCUAACAGCUCAAGCACACGACCUGCCAAGAUACUCGCUGGCUCGUUCAGAUUCCCAGACUGACACAUGAAGAUGCACGCUGCUCGCGCUGGUGUGGAGAAUCCCCCAGGAGCCUUGGGUGUGGGGGCACACGUGACUCACUCACAGAUGGGACUGGAGAGCGGUUGUCGGGAAGCCCCCCCCCCCUCCCCCAAGCAAAGAGUAAGGGGAUCUAGGGAUCGUGGCAAAGGGGUGGAACUGACAGCAGACUGAUAGAGAAAGGGAGAGUGGGAGAGAGAGCGAGUGAGGGACCGAUGGGCUGUUUGUGUGCGUGUUUGUAGGUGUGGGUAAAGCAAGGCUAAAGGACGGGUCAGCAUCUCUCGGUGGAUAAGGGUCAGUCGCAUGUGGAAGCCUGUGUCAGGAAAACAGCAGAGAUGUUUCCAGGUGUUAGUGCACAAGGAAGGAGGCAGACUGGGAUAAUUCAGGGAAAAAAAUACCUUUUUUGAAAGAGAACGGCAGAUGAAAUGUUUUUUUUUCCCUGAGAAGGGAGAAAAGGUAAUGUUUUCUUGGGUGAUAUGGAUGCGUUUCUGGGUAGAGAGGUCUGGCUUUUUGGUGUUGUUGGAGACUGUAAUGACUAAAAAUGGACACCAGAGAGCGACACAGUAACAAUUCAGGGUUACUUACUUCUCAAAUGAAGUACUUGAAAAUGAUUCUUGCAUUUCUUUGUUUUUCGGCAGUGAACACAACACACAAAGUGUUUGUCAUUAACUAGUUGUUUAGUAGCUGGAACUUACUAGGUGUUUCUCUGGGUAAAGAAAGUGUUGGGUACCUGGACGAGGGCCUGUCAGUGACGUUGCUGCUAUGACUCAACAUCAGCGUCGAGCAGAGAGCAUCUGAGACCAAGGCUUGAAUGAUCAGUGAUGUUACCGCAAGGCGUGUUUUGCCGUGUUCACGUGGAGCGUGGCAAUGAAAGUCUCCCACAUAGUAACACAGAUCAUGGAAUAAUAUGGUAAGCCGAGAACAGAGCGAUUCAUUUGGAAAAGGACGACGAAGUUGGCUCUGUGUGUGUCUGUGUGUGUAUGUGUGUCCUUUUUGUUGUAUGCAGACAGCCCAGUACUAUGAGACAAAAUUCUAGAAGACAAUGAGCUGGAUGGAUAGACUUACAAUGAAGGAAUGCAGCUGGAGGUCAAUAUUUGGGGAAGAUGUUAUAACACAGUGUGAUUUAAUACACAGUGCUGUUAAUAGUACUGUUUAACACAAAUCAUACAUUUUCCCUUGAAAUGGAUAAUUUCAUAAUAAUUAAUUAUGAUAUUAGUUAUUAUUAAAGAUUCAUAUAAAAUAAUACAAAACCAUUGUUUUGUAAAACAGCAAAAUUAUUUAUAAUUGGUUGUGUACAGAAUACAAGUAUUACAAUUAGCUGUGUUGGAUGAGGCUGCCCGUUAGUAUGUUAUAAACUAGGAACACAAGGUGGAGAUCUGGAGCAAAGCUGAUACAGUAUGUUAUUUUAUUUCUCCCAGAAUAAAGCCAAUUCUGUUAUAUUUAGCAAAGAUUGUCUAAAAUCUUUGAAACUUCUUCAAAAAAAAAAUGUACAGAACAGUAAUUUAUAAAAAUGACCAUCAGUGACUAGUGAGGAAAAAAAAACAACUGACCAUCACUAAAGAUCACUAAAGAUCACUGUUUCCAAAUGUAGUAGAUAAAUAUACCGUGCCAACGAUGGCUGUAGUGUUCUCAGAGCCUCUGUGAUACUAAUGCUAACACCUAUGAUCACAUUACUCAUCGAUGGCUGUAGUGUUCUCAGAGCCUCUGUGAUACUAAUGCUAACACCUAUGAUCAC